AGUCAGCCCUUUUCUCUCAGGAGAUCCCUCUGCUGAAGACUAGCGUAUACAGGGGUAAUCCACGGCUGCACGACCAUCACCAGAUACAACUAGGACCGAGAUUUUUUUUCCUCCUCUCACACCUGAAGCUCCAGUUCAUAUCCACAGCUAGAAACACCGUGUAGCGACCAUGUCUGUAGCGGGGUUCAAGAAGCAAUUCCACAAAGCCACUCAGAAAGUGAGUGAGAAAGUCGGAGGUGCCGAAGGAACGAAGCUCGAUGUGGACUUCACUGAAAUGGAAAAGAGGAUGGACGUCACGGCUCGGGCUGUGCUGGACAUCAUGACCAAGACCACUGAGUAUCUGCAGCCAAAUCCAGCCACCAGAGCUAAGAUGAGCAUGAUGAACUCCAUGCAUCGUAUGCGGGGUCAGGAGAAGGGACCGGGCUACACGCAGACCGAGACCAUCCUCGGAGAGUCCAUGCAGAAGUUUGGCAGGGAGCUCGGAGAUGAUUCUAACUUUGGCCUUGCUCUGAUCGACGCUGGGGAAGCCAUGCGUGAGCUCGGAGAGGUGAAGGACGCCCUGGACAUGGAGGUCAAGCAGAACUUCAUUGAUCCAAUGCAGAACCUGCAUGAAAAAGAUCUGAAGGAGAUUCAGCAUCACCUGAAGAAAAUGGAGGGCCGCCGUCUGGACUUUGAUUAUAAGAAGAAGCGCCAGGCUAAAGUGACAGAGGACGAGCUUAAACAAGCACUAGAGAAAUUUGAUGACUCAAAGGAGAUUGCUGAGCUGAGCAUGUUUAACCUGCUGGAGAGUGAUAUUGAGCAGGUGAGCCAGCUGGCUGCACUGGUCCACGCUCAAGUGGAGUACCACAGCCGGGCUGCUGAGAUCCUCACACAGCUCUCCAGUAAGAUUGAUGAACGGAUAAAGGACUGCAGUACCAAACCAAGGAAAGAGUACGCUCCUAAACCGCGUACGUCUCUGGACUUCUCCAUCAGUGAGAACCACAAUGGAGGCAUCCACGGUGCCCGCUCCCCAGGGGCGAGGUCUCCAGCCAGGUCUCCAGCCCCCAUGGACCAGCCCUGCUGCCGUUCGCUCUACGAUUUUGACCCUGAGAAUGAGGGUGAGCUAGGCUUCAAGGAGGGCGACAUCAUCACCCUGACCAAUAAGAUCGAUGAUAACUGGUAUGAGGGGAUGCUGAACGGCAACUCGGGCUUCUUCCCUAUCAACUAUGUGGAUAUCCUGGUGCCGCUGCCCCACUAGGACGUCACCAAUACAAGCUGUGUCUGGAAAAGAUGGUGAAAUGAAUCCAAGUGUCCAGUACCUCCCUCAAGUAUUUCCCAGUAAUCUUUUCCUAAACAUUCCUAACAACCACCUGCACUUUGCUUUAGAGGAGACAAAACGGCAACAACAUGAUAUCGAGCAAAGAUUGACGAGAAUCAAUUGAGUGUAGAAACUUCAAAUGAACAAAUAUCUGCAUUGAUGUUGUUGCUGCCCUUUAUCCCAGGAGGUUUUUUCAGGCUUCUAUAGUUAUUUAUCCAACUUCUGUCCCGGCUUUUGUCUCUGUUUACGUUGGCUGUCAGUCCUUCAUCAGUUUAUCAGAGCAGCUUAACAAAAAGUCACUUUCUCUCAUUCACUGUACUUUGUGGAAAAACCUCUACAGUAGAUAGAAACGUUCUCUCUCACAUACUAGAAAAAGAGAAAUCGGUCCACGUGCUUCAUGUUUGUUAGAGACUCUAGGUCAAGCAUGGUUUCAAGUGUUUAACAUUUAUCUUAUAAAAAGUUUGUCAAGCGGAUAUUUUUUUGAAUAUUCCUUCUUUUCAACAGUGCUUGUAUUUUGGCAUGCUUUGACAGUUUCUGAAGAAACUAUGCACUCGUCAUGCCCAAAAACUCUGUCCAAAGGAUGUCUGUCAGCUUUUGAUUUAUCAGACUUUUGACAAUGGAACCAUCUUUACUGACAAAGAAAACCCAUGAUUACCAACAUUUUUAUUAUUGACAUAUCAAUAUGUGUGCGUGAGUGAUUUAGAUACCAAAGUUACCUGCAAAAAAAGAACAAAAACAAGAAUCAACUUCAGUUUUAGCUUCAAGAUUCGAAGACGGUAAAUGUGGGUCAAUCUGUUGGAUAUGUCAGGGUGAAGCUUGCAAUCUCUAGUUCUUUGGUAUUUUUAUCAGGAGGAAACAAAGUGUAUUCUUACGUAUGUGACAUUACCUAUCUGAGCCAGUGAUUAGUGAAGUGAUGACUUGAUUUGCAAAAACACAACAAUGUGCAGUUUAACCUGUUUGAAGUGAUGUAAGAAAACUGUGAUACGUUUCAAUCCUCCAACGUGUAUCUUAUCAGCAGCUUGUGUGACAAAUCGUCGAUGUAUUGUGAUAUAAUGAUAACUUCUAAGACUUAAAUGCUCCUCGGGGCAACUGUUUUCUCUGCAGCCGAAGGCGUUGCUGCAUCCCUACUAGUCCGAUUAGUACUCUGUAGUUUAACUGUCUAUAAGCCAUUGAUUAAGAGGGAACUAGGCAGAGCCAAGAGUGCACAAAUGGACGAACAGAAUGAGAAGUCAUAUUUUUCUUUUGUCUCAGUAGAAAUGUUUUUGAAACUUAUUCUAAAAUAAAAAACAUUUCUAUAACAUAAAAGGGAUCACAGUCGCUGGUUUACCUUUUUUCUCUCAUGUAAGAUCUCAGACAGUUGUAGAUGAUUACACAUUGUGUUUAUUUUUCUUCAUCGGCUGUAGGGUGUAGGCAGUAUUGUGUGGGAUUCUUUCCCCAUCUUUGUCUGAAAAUCUAGAAAUCAAACCACUCUCAGUUAUUACAGAUCAUGUUUUAGUCAACUGAGUAUUUAUGUGCUGUAGCCGAACACUAUGUCUCCCACUUUUCUCCUCAGCGAUGUCAAAAAAAAAUGUAUUAUCUCCUCUGCAAAAUAAUCUGUGCAGCGGUUACUGUUUUCACACCCAUCUUGUAGUAAUGCUGUGCUUGUUUUAUGGGGGGGAGGGGUCUGCAUACUGUACAUGUAUUAAUGCAGAGGGCCGGGGGGAUGCAGAGGACCUCUAAUAUUGAGGUAUUAACGGUGUACUUUCUCUGACAGUGUUCAACAUUUAAAACAAACAUGGAUGUCUCUUUAAUAUUGGAAUUCAUCAGAUUCAGUAGAUUAACAAUAAACGAUGCAAAGUAAACCUGAUAUCCCAUUUUAAGUGUUAUUUUUUUAAGGGAAGCACAACUUUAUCAGACAGUACACUUCAUUGGCUGGGGAAGAACCACAGUACAGAUUGAAGGUCAUGUAUUUAUUUAUUUUUUCAAGGCGACACAAUUCUUUCCUUCUUUUUCUCUUUCACUUUUUUUAACAAUCGUGUGUAUUUUUGCCCUCAAUGAGGACUGUACAGCUUUUCUGUGUUUUGUUUUCACCUUGUCUGUAUAGUCCCGCAUCUACAGUAACGUAUCUUAUUUUUGUAACUGUGACAAAAGUAUACACUUACAGUAUAGAUGUAUAUAUACAGUAUAUUAUCCAGAAGCAACGUGAAAGGAGGGAUUCUCUGUGCUGCACAUGAUUGUCUUUGGAUUGUUUGUUUCUUUCAUUUGUUUUUUUUUCGGUUUGGGUUUUUCUUUUAUUCUUGCACUGGAUUCUAAGACUGUAUGCUUGAUGUAAAGAAAAAAUGUGAUAAGUCAAUGUAAUUUAUUCAAAUAAAUACAGAGAAACAGUUA